AUGGAGCCGUAUGACGACGCAAUGUCCAUUGCGUGUGCUUCCUUGCAAAGAGAGAUUGAGAGAUGCUCGAAAUUACCAACGGAGGAUCAACCAGCACUCGACAAGCUUUUGGCCGAACAUGUGUAUCAUUUCGGUGAUAUCUCAGACUGGCCCAAUGAUAUCUGUGAGAUAUCUCCCACAAAAACGGUGCCUCUAGAGAAGCCUGAGAUUUAUUUUCUCGGAAGCUUGGCCGCGUGUGCUCAUCUCGCAACUCAUCAGGCAGAGACGCCAUUGAUUUCUCACAGUGUUUCUGUUACGUUGAGCUUUUGCCGAGCAGAGAUGCAACGCAUUCGUGGACAACCAGAAAUGGGCUGGAAGAGUUGGUUUCAAAAUCUUCAGAUUCGAUGGUUUGUUUUCGAUCUGGAUGAUCCAAAAACUCGUCUACAUGACGCCACUAGUUUUUGCGAAGAUAUGGGAAAUGCAUGGUUGUCGUGUUGGAUGGAGAUGUGCUGCACCCUCUUGCAGCAUUUGUCCCAAGCACCAACACGAGAUGAGCGAGGCAUUUUGUUUCAUUGCUUUGGCGGCGUCAACCGCAGUUCUGCAGCGCUGUGCGCAUGGCUGAUCUUUCGUCAUGGUCUGACCACAGAAGAAGCCGUGCAGAGCUUGUUGGCCGCUCGUCCUACGCUUUGCCCAUGGCAGCAUCGACCGCAUGUCUUCUGGGCAUUGUACACUUGGGAAAAGAAUCAAGACCGAGUGAUCAGACCUCGAAUUCUUGCUGAAGUUCGACAGAUGAGCGAUUCGACGCCGGGACCCGCAUGA